AUGGGCUCAAUUGCCUUAUUGGCCAGAGAACUUGGCCACAAGGUGACCGGUGCUGAUGAAAACUCUCAUCCACCAAUGAGCACAAUGCUUGAAGCACAUGGCAUUGAGAUCAUAUCUAACUAUUCCGUAUCUCAACUAACUCCAAGACCCGAUUUGGUGAUCGUGGGCAAAACGAGAGCUCUAGCUAGAGGCAAUCCGAUCAUUGAAUACAUAAUGAAUGAGAAGAUUUCAUUUGUUUCUGGACCGCAAUGGAUAUAUGAAAGUAUUUUGAAAGAUCGUUGGGUGAUCGCUGUUUCGGGAACUCAUGGGAAAACAUCAACCACAUCGAUGAUCGUGUGGAUCAUGGAGAAAGCCGGCUUAAACCCCGGGUAUUUGAUAGGCGGUGUCCCUGUGGGCCUUCCUGGUUCAAGUCGUCUCAGCCAAGAAUCACCAUAUUUUGUGAUCGAAGCCGACGAGUAUGGGACGGCUUUUUUCGAUGAACGCCCAAAGAUGUUGCUUUAUUACCCGAAAACGCUGAUCAUUAACAAUCUUGAGAUGGAUCACGGGGAUUUCUAUGAAACAUUAAAGGAGAUCGAGAUCCAGUUUGAUAAUCUCGUCAAAAUGAUCCCAAGCAAUGGAUUGAUUGUGCAUCCAACUGGAAGUGCUGCAAUUGAUAGAGUGAUUAGUGAUGGAUGCUGGACGAGAAGGGAGACAACUGGAGGAAAUGGAAAUUGGACAACAAAGCUUCUCUUGUCUGAUGGUUCUUCUUUUGAAGUCUUUCAAAAUGGGAAACUUCAAGGAAAAAUUGAAUGGGAUUUGAUUGGAGAUCAUUUUGUUUCAAAUUCUCUCUCUGCUAUUGCCGCUGUCAAUCAUAUUGGUGUAAGCUCUGCUAUCUCAAUCAACGCUCUACAUUCUUUUAAGCUUCCUAAAAGAAGAUUAGAAAAGUUUGGUCAAAUCGGAAAUAUCGAAAUUAUUAUUGAUUAUGGUCAUCAUCCAACCGCAUUUCAAGCUAAUUUAAAAGCAUUACGAAAUAAAUAUGGAAAAGAUACAAAAAUCUUUACGGCUAUUGAUCCAUCAACUGGUUCACUCAAGCUUGGAAUUCACCAAGACACAAUGCUAGAAAGCACAAAAGAAGCCGAUUUUGCAUAUUUUUGGAAAACGGAAAAACUUCAUUGGGAUAUUGAGAGAAUUAGGAGACAAUGUGAAGAAGAUUGUCGAUUUGAGAUCUAUUCAUCAGUUGAGGAAAUUAUUGAUCAUUUCCUGAAAUCAAUCAACAACAAUGUGACUGAAAGAGUGAUUUUCAUUGCUUUCACAUCUUUUGCUUUUGACAAUCUACCACAAAAACUCUUUAAAAACUUACAAGAUGGAGUCACAGGAAAUGAGAAAAAAGAGCUU